AUUUUCAUCAUCAACAUUAUACUUCCAUUUCAAAUCUAUCCUUCUUGAUGGCCGUUGUCUAUUCACCUUACUCUCAUCACUUCAGCCAAUCAGCUAUCCAUCGAAUGCUGGAAACGGUUAUUUGCAACAGACCUCUCCGACAGCCGUCUACAUUGAAUCUCAACCGUUGUCUGGUUCGCUGUCAUCCAGUUUGAGGUAGGUCCUGCCGAAACUACCUGAUGCACGUUCAUGCAACUUCGCACCCAUAGUUCUUCGUCAUCUAUCGCAAAUUCCGGGACAAUGGGCGCGAGCACUUGGUCAAGUUCAAGUACGCCCUUGUCGUCUUCUUUGACGCCAAGUGCUGACAGUUCGUCUUCCGGUUCAUCUCAAACACUCUCCUCGUCGUCAUCUGCACCCACUAUGACAUCCGGGUUUACUUCAUCUUUCACCAUUCCACCGACUCCUCUUACUUCUACUUCGUUGUCUUCGUCUCCUCCAGCAAUGUCAACAUCGACUUCCGCAGUGGUUUCAACUUCCGCUCCCCCAAACUCUUCGUUGUCGGCAGAUCCAUCUUCGUCAUCGCACACAGCCUUUGCAUCCAGCUCUUUUCCAGUGUCCAGUACGAUCACUCCAUUUCCUACCACGUUGAUUAUUUCUACUACCGAAGUCGACCAAUACAGCACGUGUGCUAGUGCUCCUUGGACAUCAACGCUGACUUUGACAUCCGUCCUGUCGGGUCACCCCACCACCGCUUGGACGACGUCAACGAACGGGGUGCUCAGUACCGCAAUUGUAAAUACUAAUGGGAACAGGCUCUCUCGUUCCCCUGGUUCUAUUGCCGGUCUUAUCCUCGGCAUCCUCGGAGCCAUUGCCUUUGCUGUUCUCUGGCUUUUCUGUGCUCGUCGCCGACAGCGCAAACUAUCUCGCGAAGCGAGUGCUAUUCCUCCGUGGGCGCCUGGUGGCCCACUUGAAGCUGAAGUAGACAUGGAAGAACGCUACGGUGGGAUUAUCGCAGCUCUUAAUGAGGGAAUGGGUGCGGGAAGGAAUGCUCAACUUGAAGGAGAUACGAGUGGAGAAGUAUCAGGAGAACUGGUACCUGCGCGUGAUUCGUGCGCUACUCUGCCUUCGUAUUCACUUCGUGGAGAGGACAAUGACGGUCUGCAUGUCUUCCCAUUAUCUCCGCCUCCAUCUGCCUACUCCGCUCCCCCGCCACCGUCCGCGUAUAUUCCGCAUGCUGCUAAUGGUUCACGAAGAAGAAGUUCGCCUGGGCCUGAUGCUUCCGCCUGGUUUGGGGGGUAUAGCGUUGCUCCUGCUCCUUCAGCAGCAUCGCAUUACUCUCAUUCUUCCAUGCAAUACCUUACCAGGACCGAAACCGGAACCAGGACGAGAACUGGAAGCGAGGAGCCGCUCUUGACAAGAGCCGGAAGCGGAUCUUCUUAUUUCGAUUCUGGCAACAAAGUCCGACUAGGGUCAGCAUUCGGUUCGCCUGAAGGAAGUAUGAAUGGCCAUAACCUUUCACCUACGUCACACUCCUCUGGCAUGCUGAGUGCGACUACUUCAUUCGACGUUCUACGGAGUAUUUCGUCUCAGGGCGCACUGCAGAGCACGUCUUCGCAUGGGUUUGGUUUUGGGAGUACCUCGUCCGGUACCGGAUCGCAUCAGGGACCUGCACUGGGACUUGCGAUUAGUGCAGCUCCGAUUAGUUACAAGAGCGGACGCCUUACGAGAUGGAAGAAAGGCAAGCGAGAGAGCACUGGAAGCAGCACUACUGUAUCCAUAUCUCUAUCUGGCUCUGUAGACGAGAGACCUGCUGGCGUACGAGGUUUCCUUGAUCGUCUCAGACGGGGAAAUACGCCGAGUCCAAAGACAGAUUCUUCACGAGAACUGCCUAGAGAUGUAGAGAGCGAAGGAGCUGCUGAGAAGAUGAAUGCUCACGAUCCAAAUAUCUUUUCAGCUUUCGUCUCUCCUGCCACACCUGAACCUGCGCCCAUGCCAACAUCCCCGCGAUUCGUCCUUUCUAACCCUGAUCCAUGGCUUUCCUCGCCGUAUGUUCACGCCGACGUGGCAGAACAUGAGGAUAACUUGCAGCCACCCUCGUGGCCAUGGCUUACAGUGCCAGCAACCUUCUCUCCUGCGCCCACCGACGAGUCGCGCCUUGCUAUGGCUGACGGACUUCUUGAUCCUCGCCUGCGCGACUCUGUCGAAGGAAGGAGCAAUUCAAGUUUACGGGAUUUCGAAGAUUACUCCCGGCCAAUUGGAGGUCUUACGAUUCAUGGUAUAGCUCGUCCAUAACCGGCUGCAUAGUACCACGACAUUUGGCACUACUGAUACCCAAGAUUCCGACAACGCAACAGGCCUGCAAAAUCGAGAGGAUGGCCAGCAAGAGGAUGCUUGUGCGACAGUGACUCCGACACC